AUGCAGAAUAUGCUCAAUUUUUUUUGUCCACUACAUACAUGCAGAAAAGCAAUUCUGAGAAAGAUUUACCCAGCAGAAGAAGUUGAUGCUGAAAUUCAGGCUUUACAGGAAUCAGUUGCAAUGGAAUUGAAGGAAGCUGAAUCUUCAGAAAAGAUAAGUAUGAUGACACUUUUAAAAACUACAAGUGUGAGAAGAGGUUUGUAUGCAGGAAUGGGCCUUCAAAUAUUCCAACAAUUUGUAGGAAUCAAUAUCGUAAUGUACUUCAGCCCAACUAUUGUUCAACUAGCUGGUUUUGCAUCUAAUCAAACCGCAAUGCUUCUGUCUCUUAUCACUGCUGGGUUGAAUACGUUUGGUUCGCUUAUAAGCAUAUAUUUCAUUGAUAAAACCGGGAGAAAGAAGCUAGCUUUGAUUAGUUUGUUUGGAGUUGUCUUAUCACUUGUGCUUCUUACUGUCACUUUCCGACAAACCGAAACUCAUUCUCCAAUGAUAAGUGAAAUAGAAACUUAUCGUUUCAACAACACCUGUCCUGCUUUUACUCCUUCUCGUGGCGGAUGGGACUGCACAACGUGUUUAAAGGCUUCACCAAAAUGUGGAUUUUGUGCAUCUGACUCUAACAAGGUUUUGUUCACACUAGUACAAAAAAAUCUUUUAAGUCGAGCGCGUGUCCGAUCUAAUAGCUCUCGUCAUAAGAAGUUUUUGCUUUGUAAGUUGGGUUUAGCAACCGUCUUAAGGCAUCAUUUUUAAGUCGGUUAAAAAGGACGUCUUAAGUCAGAAAAGCAAUUCUGAGAAAGAUUUACCCAGCAGAAGAAGUUGAUGCUGAAAUUCAGGCUUUACAGGAAUCAGUUGCAAUGGAAUUGAAGGAAGCUGAAUCUUCAGAAAAGAUAAGUAUGAUGACACUUUUAAAAACUACAAGUG